AUGGCAAACGUCCACGUCGAGGCCGCUGUGCCCGACCACCAGGAAGAAAUUGAAGCCGAGUACUCCGACUACGACUCCGCUGUCUCGGACGCCGACUACGCCUCGCUCACGACCUCGCUUUCGUCCAGUGUGACCAACUACGUCUACGAGAACGGCCGUCGCUACCACCGCUUCAGAGAAGGCCAGUAUUUAUUCCCCAAUGAUGAGGUCGAGCAGGACCGCCUGGACAUGGUCCACCACAUUUGCCGUCUAAUUCUGGGCGGGAGUCUGUUCAAAGCGCCGAUUUCGACAUCUCCCCAGCGGGCUCUGGACAUUGGAACCGGCACGGGGAUCUGGGCGCUGGAAUUCGCCGAUGAGUUUCCCAGUGCUGAAGUGCUAGGAAUCGACCUGAGUCCGAUCCAGCCGCAAUGGACUGCCCCUAACUGCCAAUUCGUGGUCGACGACGUCGAGGCUGUCUGGCCGUAUCCAGAGGCCAAGGCGUUCGACUACAUCCACCAGCGCAACAUGGUCGCCUCCCUUGCUGAUUGGGAUCGCGUCGCGCGCCAGGCGUUCCAGCACUUGAAGCCUGGUGGCUUCUACGAGCUUCAAGAAUUCCGCUUUGAGUUUUUGUCCCAGGGCAAUGAGGAUGCUUUUAACGAUUCCGCCAUCAACGAGUGGCAGAAGCUCCUGGCCGAUGGGACAGUCCAGUUUGGAAAGCCCCUCAAUGUUGCGGGCGGACUCGCCGACAAGGUCAAGGCUGCCGGCUUCGUCAAUGUCCAUGAGGACGUGCUGAAAAUUCCGAUCGGGUCCUGGCCCAAGGACAAGGCGCUCAAGACGAUCGGCCAGUGGAUGCAGGUUCAUGCGAUCGAGUCGGUCGAGCCACUCACCCUGGCGGUGUUUACCCGUGUCCUGGGCUGGAGCGAGGCCGAGUGCCGUGUGAUGAUUGCAAAGGUCCAAAGGGAGUUCAAAGAGCGUCGGCAGUAUUAUGUCUACUGCCAUAUUAUUUACGGCCAAAAGCCGACUGCUUAA